AUGAAGCGGAGUAUAGACCUGCGCUAUAUCGUGGACGACAAACAGCGUGAGGUGGUGUAUGCCAAGGGAAAGCUGAAGCUGAUGCGCAAGGCCAUGGAGCUGGCGGUCCUGUGCAACACGACCUGUGCCAUAGUCAUGUUUGACGGGGCGGGCAAGCUGACGCAGUUCAGCACCAGCGACAUGGACGCGAUCCUGGAGCAGUACGGCCAAGCAGUGCUGGAGCCGCACGAGCGCUACACGCCGCAUGAUCUGCUGUAUGGCAGCAUGCUAUACGCCAAUGGCUUCGGCGUCGGACCUGUCGCAGCCCCUGCUACCGUAGCACGCUCUGCGCAGGGACCGGCGGGUGCUGGGCCCAGCAGCAGCCCUGGCGAGAGCCCAUCUGGUGUGAGCGAGGCGAUUGGGACACAGCACCUGCUGGGACCCCUGGGGCUGUCAAUCGAUGCAGCGACCUUUCCUCCCGUCUCGCCACGCAGUGAGCAGGCCUACAGCGCCAUCGCCGGGGAGUUUGAAAAGAUGCUGGCUACUAUGCAGCAGCAGCAAAUGGAGCAGCAGCAGCACCUGCAGCAGCUGCACAGGCAGCAGCAGCGACAGCAGCGGCGUCAGCAGCACAAGGAGGAGCAGGCAGAGGAGCAGCUUGAGCAGAGAGAGCAGCUGCCAGAGGGCGAGGGUGACAUUGUCGGCCAGCACGAAGCUGUGGCGGGCCCACCGCCGCGGCCUGCAUCGGCAGCCACCCCCUCCAGCGGCAGCAUGCCCCCGCCUGCCGCACGGAAACCUUUGGCGCCAGCCCCAACUGGAGCAGAGCUUGCUGCUGUGGCUUUGUCGGGAGUGGCGGGAGCAGUUCCCUUGGCGGAGGCGGGUGUGCAUGCAGCGGCGGCGCCGGUGCCGGAUGACUUGCUGCUGGGCGUGUCGGCGAUGGCGACAGACAUAGCAGUUGAGCAGUCUGGCGGCGAAGAGCGCGCGCCUGUCAAGGCAGGACUGCAGGAUGAGGGGACAGCAGCGGCUUCCGAGGGCGUGCCUGCUGCCAGUGAGGCCAAGGAGGCCGCGCCAGCGCACGCUGUCGCGGAGGUGGCUGCUGUUGUUGAGGGCAGUGUUGAGAGGGCCAGCCGCCGCGGGCAGAAGCGGUCUCGAAAGCGCACCAGCGAAGCUGGCAACACUGGCGACGUCUGA